AUGCCACCCAGUCCAAAGCAUGGACAGGUGGGUAACGCUCCGGAGAAGAAGAAGCGUCGCCAGAAUGUUGCUUGCGACUCGUGUCGUCUGCGUCGUGUCAAGUGCGACAUGCUUGCACUCCUCACUCCGGCCGACUCGACACGCGUCAUGCCGCCCCUUCCAGUCCUCGUUCGUCAGAACCCCGACGUGUCGUGCUCCAACUGUAUCUCCAAAGGCAUUCGAUGCACUACCAAUCAGAUUGUCAACCCGUCCAAGCCCAACAAGGGAGGCAAGCGUAUCGAGGAGGCCAAGAAGAUGUAUGGCAGUGAAGGCUUGUUCACAACCUUGACAGGUCCUUCUGCACCCACAACGCCUUCACUCACGUACACUGGCCCUCAGCCCCCGCCAAUCCGCCACGACUCGGUAGCCACCGCCCGAACGUCGGCAUCCAGUGCGUCCUCGUCGUCCUACGACUUGACAGACGUCCCCACAACCGUCGACCUUGCCAACACCGGUUUCCUCUUCACCACCAUUCAGUACCCGUACUCUGGAACCGAUCUACUCAAUCAGGGUACAUCACCCACAGGAAGUACCUGCGAACUCGGGCCGGCUUGGUCGACAGAGUGGUCCAGUAACGCUGUCAGCACCCCAUACGGCACUCCCUUCGCUGGCGGCAUGUUUGAUAUGACCGCCCAGGCGCCCGGUGAGCCACAGAUGUUUGACACCUUCAUGUUAUCACCUGGUGCCAACGCCCCUUAUCCACCGGCGCAAGCAUUGUUGUACGCCGCUCCCCCAUCAUUGUACGUCUCAUCUGCAGACUCUGUGCCCGCUGUACCCACCUUGCCCGACCCUCCUCCGUUGUCCCUUGGUAGUACGCUCGAUGGUGCCUCAGGCGCGAAAGACCCUUCAGCUUUCCCAUCACUGGUCUCCGACGGAAACUUGGACACACGCAGUGACCACCCUUUUCGGAUCUUGUCCUCGGGUGACAAUUCCCCGGUCCCCCCGCCAGCACAGUUACCUUCCUCAUCCGUUGGCCUCCCAGCUGUGACUUCGGUUUAUCCGACUCCAUCACUGCCGACGAAACGCUCGGCCUCGAUUGGCCCUUCCCAGAUUGUAGGCAAGAAGCGCCACCACGCCGAUGACGACGUCCUAGACCUUGUGCGCACCUACGGACAGAUUGUACGCGACUACGGGGACAAUGCUGAGACGGGCCCUUGGGCGCUCUGGGCCAAAUCCAAGGACAAGGAGGACAAGAUUAUCCGCUGGAGCCGCAGCAACAGCGUUGGCGACGAGCUUGCAAGCCGCGCUCUUGGCUCCGAACUCAGCCGUGAGCUGGUCAAGGUCUAUUUCUCGUCAGUCCAUUUGACGCUCCCUGCAAUCAGCCCAGAGACAUUCUACAGGUUGUGGAAACAAGCUGGUGAGCGUUCUGACCGCAUGAGCCCCGCACAGGAAGUCUUGUGCGCGGUGAUUGAGGCCUGGGCGGCCCGAUUCUCAGACCACCCGGUCGUUCUGGGUAUGAAUCCCAAUGAACAGCAUACAGGUCCAAAAUUAAUUCUCGCGACAGAAUCCGACCACAGUGGUUCAUUAAUUGUAGAUCAAUCGCAUUAUGGACAGAAGCGCCUACGUGUGUGCUUUGCACUCGUGGAGCGCGCUCGCAAGCUCAUUGACCAACAUGGAAUUCUUCGUAAACCAAGUUUGACAGGCGUACAGGCCCUUGCACUGUUCACGCAACUUCAGCACAUGACAGAUCACAACCCCGAGGCUCCAGAACAUCUAAUGGAAAUAGGCGAGAUGCUUCAUACCAUACUGGUUCAGCAACUUCGCCGGCUUGACGGUUGCUGGGUACCUGAAGGCAGCAUCCCUAUUGUCAAGGAUGACGGCCCAGAGACCCAGCAAGAACAGCGGAUCAAGCUGCGACGUCUGUGGUGGACUGUAUUUAUUGCCGAUUCUUUCUGGGCCGCGGGAACUUGCUCCACACCUGUUGUCCCAGAAGAGGAAGUCAAGGCAUCGCUUGCCUGGCUCGAUGCCAUCGACCCGAGGCACAUGCCGUCCACCUUCGAUUCUAUUUCUUUUUUUAUGGGCCAUUUUCAUCGAGUGUCCACUAUUACCCGCAUGGUCGCGUACAAGCUCUGCCUACCCAGCAAGCGACCUGGACGUGUCGAUGUCGAUGAGUUUUGUAGCGACGCCCGUGUCAUUUGGAGAAAUGUGCGAGACCUGUACCAGGACAUCAACUCGAAGGUCGAGGACGUUCUCUCCAUCGCCAAAGAGGAUAUUCUCGGCUUCUCGCCGGUGCAUCAAUUCUGCAGUCUUCGUCUUGCUGCCACCUACAUCCUCCUGAUCAUGCAGCAAGUUAUCCAGCAGCUGCUCGACUUCCGCAAGCGCCUCCAUGAGGCGUACGUGUAUGAUUCCACCGUCCCGCUGCAGGCGCAGCCAGAGGGAACUCGUGUGUCGGCCUUGAACGAACUUCAUGCUCAGAGCAUCGACAUCCUUCUCGCCAACGCGCGUGCACAGGCCCCAAUGUUCGACACGCUCCUUCCAACGGGCUUCAUGCAGGGUGCCUCGAUGCUUGCUCGCGUGUUGCUCGCCGUGGCCCAGUUCCUCUCGGAGGUGCCAACCAACGAGCAGGGGUAUCCGAACCAUACUCGCGGCGGUGUUGACUGGACGUGGGAGAACAAGCAGGCAGAGGUCGAGAAGUGUGUGAAAGCUUUGCACCAACUGGGCUGGGCAUGGGCCGAUGUAUCUCCUGUUCUCUUGAAGAUCAAGAUGAACAUGGUUCGGAUGACCCCGACCCAAGAGACAUUGCUAUCGUACGCCUUCAAAGCGCAAAAUAUGUCAGAAGACGCAGCUCGGCAGGCAGCUCGGCGAGAUUCGGAUGGCCGUCGCGACUCGCAGGCACUCGACGCUGUCCUCGAGUUCUGGCCGCCAACCUCUGUCCCGAAGGUGCUGGGCAGCAUGAAUGCCGGGCAGUACGCCACCAAGCAGCAGGACGCGUACAACUACAGUCGCGGCAACUUCGAGUACCAGCCGUCUGAGCGCAAUUCGUCGUUCCCAGGGCAACGGACCGGCGAUCCAACGCCAUCCACCGGCAGCAACUCCCGGCCUGCGGCGCGGCCGUCCACCUCGACGGGCACGGCGGUGCAUCCUGUUGAUCCUAUACAUGAUGACUUCACGUUUGGCUCGUCGGAGGGAAUUGGCUCGGCGACGGCUGCCGGGUGGACUGCACUUGGCGCUCCACGAUCCUCGGCGACUGUGCCGCUCACUUCUGAAUUGGUGGACUUGACCGACUUCACAGACGCCAAGCUCCAGGCUGACCUCGAGAGUUUCAUCGAGACGCUUGUGAAGGACAUGUCUGAUGCGUGA